GAGUCAUUAAAACAAUCUUUUGAUACCUAUUUUAAUCGAAAUGCCAAUUAUGAUGAUUUUGAUAGCUCUGGCGAUGGAGUACAAAAAUCUAAGUUUUCAAAGCACGGAAUGGAUGGCAUUGAUGAGCAUGAUAGAUUUUUAAAAUUUUCAGAGGAAGCCGGUGAUUUUCUCCCUGAUUUUGACGGUGCACCGAAAUUCUCGAAUUUUAAGGAACCGGUUUAUCCGUUGGAUUUGGAGGAGAGAGAUAGCAGUGCAUCGAAAUCUGCUAAAAUGAAUUAUUUUUCUGAUUAUCAUAACAGACCUCUGCCUCCUAGUGCUGAGCCGGCAAAAACGCCUCCCCUCACCUUAAAAACAACGUCUGAUGUUGUUGGGCACCUCAAACACGAUAGCGACCAAGAUGGAAGGAACAACCGACAUCGUAACGACUUUCGAGACGAUCAUGCCACUUUCGAUUUUGAGAGAAAAAUAAACAAAAAUUCUGAUUCAAAACCGUCACCAUUCGAAGUAUUGAACAGUUUAAAAUUAGAAAAACCUGAGAGUCUGCCUGACGCCCAUCAAGUUCCAGAGAAUACACUGCAUAGCUCAUCGCACCUAUCGAAUGACCGAGGUCAGUUAACUUCCGGUCUCUCUGAACCAUCAUCCAUCCACCACAAGCUCAAUACCGGCAACCGGAAAUACCCAUCACCACACAGCGAUACGAUUUCCGGUCUCCAAAUCUCAACUUCCGGUCCUCCAGAUUUCCCCUAUCGUGAACAUUCAAAUUUCGACAUUUCUAAUCACCGGAAAUACCUUUCACGGCACAGCGAUACGAUUUCCGGUCUCCAAAUCUCAACUUCCGGUCCGCCUGUUUUCCUCUAUCGGGAGGAUUCAAACAUCAACACCUCAGAUCGCCGGAAACUCUUCUCCAGGCUUCGCGAGCCAACUUCCGGUGACAAGGCGCCUACUUCCGGUCCGCCUCUCGACUUCCGGUUGGACCGGAAACCAAGUCUGAUCGACCCGGAUGUUUCGCCUCUGCGUCUCCGCGACCCGGAGUCCUUCCUCGGGGAGGCCGCCAACUUCGCGGACCCGCGCAACGAGAGGGAAGUGGUCGGCGUGACGUCUUCCGGUCGCUUGAUGACGUCAUCCGGUCGUUCGAUGACGUCGAUCGGUCGCUCGACCGUCAAGUCGCGUUUCCACGACGAGCUUCUGGAGAUCAAGCGUCGCGUCAUCAAGUUCCCCGACGCACCGGAAAUGGAGCCUGUUGAGAACAGCACCCGUGUCCCUGAGGACUUCCUGCCGUACGACUACUUCGGUUUCCUGUUCCGGGUCAUUCAGCCCAACGACUUUCCUGUCGAUAUUGUUGAGGAAUUACUUUGGAAUCAGGUUUCCUUGAUCGGCCUUUUCUUCAAGUCGCUAUGGUACGAGUUCGGGUUCAUCUACUGCUCGGCGCUGGCGGGGAUGCUGGCGCUGGCCGUGCCGUGCGUCGUUUUCGUGCACCUCUGCUACCGGAUGUCCGACGAGAAGCCGCCAUCCUCCCAGCAUCCGCCCCCACCCCCGGAUAUGCUCCCCACCCGCGCCCACCGCUGCCAGCGGGCCACCCUCGCCCUCACUCUCCAGAUCCUCCUCGCCGUCUUCCUGGUCGGUUUAGUCGGUCAAUUCGCAGCGACGGAGCACAUGACGUCCACUUUUCAACGAACACCGCAAACGAUUGAAUCUGCUGCCAGGGACUUAACUGCGUUCAUCCAAUCAGCCAAAAACCAGCUGCAAUUUUUGGUGCUGGGAUCUCUCGACAAAGCUCUGGAUGCGAUAUCUACCGAUUUCGAAAACAUUGAGCCACUACUCGGAAAACCGGUUCAAAUGGAGCUUGCUCAAGAGACUGGCGUGGAUGUGGCUCUGAUCACACUGAUUGACGCUGCCAAAGAAACCAGGAAUGUAGCCCGGAAAGUGGACGUACUGCUAUCUAACUGCAAAACGACCAAGUCGCUGAUAACGACGACACAGGAAAAGCUAGAGGAGCUCCAGCGGCAGAUUGAGAGGUUUCGACAGCAAUGCUCAUCGGCCGAAAAACCCCUCUGCGAUACCAUCGAAACUUUCGACCUUGAAGUUGUCCUUCGUGUUGACAAGACUCUCGGUGAUAGCAAACUCCAGUACAUAAGACGCUUGGAAGAUGAGACGCUUAACUCUCUGGUCAAGAACUUGAGUGAUCUCUUUCAUGACAUACCUAAAAAAGUCGGCCAAGACACCAAGGACUUGCGCACAGAAAUCUGGACCAAGUUGAUCCGACGUCAAAAAAGGAUAGAGAACUCGUUGAAAAGUUUCGAUACUUUUUUGGAGGACCUUUCGUCAAAAAUCGACCAACUAUCAGUCACUUCGGUGGAAUUUGUGCGCGAAGCAAACGAUUAUGAGUUGCUUUGGUACAUUAUUGCGUCAGGGGCGUUCCUUUUGAUGAGCAUGGUCUGGUUCCUUCUACUUUUCGGUCUCAUUUGUGGAUGCUGCGGAGCUGAUCAAAAGGCUAGAGCUAUUUUCCUCUUGACGGUGUUCAUAAUGACGUUCCUUUCGAUCUCGCUGUGGUUGCUGGUGUUGGUGAGUUUGGUGGUGGGCGGCCACGGGGAGGCGCUGGUAUGCCGCCCUCUCUACGAGGAGCCCACGUUCUCAGCCCUGAGUCAGGUCAUCGACGACCCCGGUAUCAUCUUCCAACCCCCCGAGGAAACUACCCCCAUGAAGCGCGGCUUUUUCUCCCAUCUCCUCCGUGAGAAGAACCGCGUCGACAUUCCCAUCAAGGAUAUGCUCAGGGAUUGCAGCGUGAACCGCGCAUCGUACCCCACGUUCAAACUGGAGAGUCUGUUCGACAUCAAAGAGGAAACGGAUGUGGCCAAGUGGGACUCCCUGGAAACGGAACUUAGCAACCUGCGUUUGAACCUGUCACACUUGCACCUCUUCACGCCUACCUCACACUCGCAGCUGAGCGACCUCCUUCUAGGUCUCUCCAUCAACCUCACCGAUCAUCGACACCAGCUGAAAGGGCCGGUGACUGGGCGUGACAUGAGUUCGUUCGUGAGUCAAAUGGAAAGCGUGGCGAACCAGAUCCGAAACCUGGAGACGGCAACUCACCUGGAGACCCUCGCCGCGAGAACUAAACGCCUCAUCGGCAGUCAUAUCAAGCCUCUAGAGGAACAGAAGGAGGCCCUGAUUUAUCAGAUAACUGCCCUUGAGCUCCAAUUGACACCACUUCACAGACAAGUAAAUCAGUCACUCUCACACCUGAAGACGAUACAAUUCUUCAUCAACAGCCAAGCUUCUUCAAUCGCACAAAAGAAAAGCGCCAACUACGUCGACAGGAUAAAAUUCUAUCUUUUACAAUAUCGCGAGAAUGUCAUGGAAAAAGCCUUCAACUCGGCAGCGGGGUGCUAUCCAGUGUGGUAUAUUUUCAAGGCCAUGCGCUCCCUGUUUUGUCAACACAUGGUCGACACAGUGAAUCUGUUUUGGAUAUCGCUAGCGUGGUGUCUAGGGAUCAUUCUAGCCGCCACGCCAAUUUGCCUGAAGCUGGCCGAGCGCUACGCUCAGAACGAAGAGGAUAUCGUUCGACCGAUUCAGCCUCCGCCGUACUGCUCUAAUCAUGGGAGCCCGACUGGAACAAUACGAAUUUCAGACCGCGAUGGACAGUGGGCAAGCAUAGAAGAGAGUGGUGGAAAUUGGUGACCCAAAUGUGACAACCAUCAACAGAGGAGUAAAUUGUAAAAACAAGAGGAGAGUGAGCGACGAUUGCCCGCGCCGAGACCUCAGAACCAGUAACGAGGGGUGAAUGGUCGAUUAUAUUAUCGAUAUUUCUCCAUUUGAAGCCAUAGUAAAGAAUCGAUUAUUAAGGUGUGCGUUGCGAACAUUCUGGUAAUCGAUCCUUUUUCAUGGUUCUAAGUGGCAGAUCAAUCGAUAUAUCGUAAAGACAGCAACGCCACUGCUCAGAACCCAAAAGUGGCACCACGACUGGUUUAUUUCAAUCCAUCGAUUGUUGAACCGUAAGAAUGCUCCAUCGAGUGGGGCUGAACAAAAUUGGUGUUGACGGACGAUGCAAAGAUUAGCUCUUAGCGCUACAUUUAAAAAGCGAUCAAAAACCAAUCGCUGGCUGGAGGAAACCAACAUGGCAAACUUGAACUCAACAAUUAUUAGAGCGGAUGAUUUCGGUGUUUGGUCAAGGCACUGCCUCAUCUUUAUAGAAAAAGCUCCUAAAAGCAGGAUGUUUUAUCGAUUUACACAUAUUUGAACUUUUUUGGAACUGUUAAAAUGUUGCUACUAAUACUAAAAUAAUGGGAUAAAUACAACAGAACUGUAUUUUUUAAAAACUGAAAUAACGAUCAUUACAGUGUUGCUAUUACUAAGCAGUUUUUUGGUUCACAAGAAGUUAAUAGAAAGCAGGCGAACGAUUGAUAUUAUACAAGAUAAGUAGCUCCUUUGACUUUCAUUUUUUGUGUACGAACAAAUACUGUUCUUGUUUGUUAUCUCAGAUGAAAGAAGUUUCACAAGCUAAAUAGCAUUGCAAUUCUACCCCCCCCCCCUCAAGAAUAGCAGUCCAAUUGAAAGCAAUAUUUAGUAUAAAGACAUAAGUUAAAUGACUGUUAAGUGAUUCUAGAACAAACAGGUUUUAAGUUGAAAAAUUAAGGGGUGCCCCCUGGACUUCAAAAUUGUUAAACUGGGUUUAUAAAUUAAGUUAAAAUCUACAUUAUGUUUCAAAUGUAAUACUUUACGACGGUCUCUAUUCAAUAUGAUGUACAAAGUUUAAAAAAAAAAUCAUAUGUCAAUGAUUUGGACGCUUAAAUUAUGUCCAACGAUUUCCUACUCAAAAUCGGAAGAUUGGCUUAGUUUUAAGUUUACAUGUAUAUAGUUUGUACAUAACUUCCGUUAAAAAAAUAAAUCAGUUGUAUUGCUCAGAAAA